UGGAGGUGUAAGUAUAUCUGCUACAGCCGUACACUUGGAUAUUGUUGGCGUUAAUAUUAUCAUAUCUUCUCCGGACGUUUUUCUUCAGAUCAUGGAGAUGUUACUGUAGCAAUGGACGCCUGGAUUGCGUUUAAACUCUUCGUUUUAGUCUUGGUGUGUUGCGGUGAGGUGACAGAAUCGACGGGUUAUAUAGGUUGUCGGUUUUCUGAUUCACUAUGUGAUAAAGGUGAAGUUUGUGGUGAAGACAAUCUUUUCGGUAGCUGUAGUAGUAGUUCCUAUGUAGACCAUUAUUAUCAAUUGGAUGGCCGAGGUUACCAGACUCUUCGAAAUACUCUUUCACGACUUCUGGAUGAAAAUUACACCUGGUCUGAUACCUACACUCAGCUUGACAUAGCUAGCAAAGAAGUGAGAGUGUUGAUAAAUAAGAUCCAGAACAACCCACAAGCAUUGUCUCUGUUAUCUGAUGACGAAAUGAAUGAACUCAAGUCAAUGGUGGAAGAAAUCAUGAUGGAACUCAGAGAGGAGAUUGAGAUGGAAGAAAAGGUCGACAAGUCUGAAGACUUGGAUACGGAAGAAAAUGCUGAGAGUGAGUUGGAAGAAGAGAAAGGCUUGGAAAGUUACGGCAUAUUAUGGUUUUUUGUAGAUGAAUUAGUUUAUGAAGUGUUACCAGACGAAGAAGUUGGAGAAAAUUUGGCUGAAGUCUAUGUAGAACCACAACAAGUGAAAAAGAGCAACUUGGAGUCUACUGGUCCAUUUCCCUCUCCAUCUUAUUCUCCAGAAGAAGCAGAUACUACAGAGAAUGAAGAAUCUGAAGGUGGAACUGAUGUCACUGGUGAAGCUGAGUCGUCACUGGCCGAAGAAGACCCGUUAUCUGCUGCUCAAGUUGAAAAUAAAGUUGAAGAUCUAUUAAUAAAUCCUGAUUAUACAUUCGUGACAACAGCAGAGAGUAUGCCACACCAUACAACAAAGAUGCACACCACAUUAUGUGCACAUGCAUCACUACGCAACAUUACACCAUAUACUACAUCACAGUAUGCCAUAGAGCAAACACCACACUAUGCCAUAGGGCAAACACCACAUUAUGCCACAUGGCAAACACCACAUUAUGCCACAGGGCAAACACCACACUAUGCCAUAGGGCAAACACCACACUAUGCCAUAGGGCCAACACCACAAUAUGCCACAUGGCAAACACCACAUUAUGCCACAGGGCAAACACCACACUAUGCCACAGGGCAAAUACCACACUAUGCCACAUGGCAAACACCACACUAUGCCACAGGGCAAAGCCACACUAUGCCACAUGGCAAACACCACACUAUGCCACAUGGCAAACACCACACUAUGCCAUAG